AUGCGCCUUCAGACUCCUCCACAACUGAGAAGCGCACCUGUCAUUGUCGACGACGAAUCAGCCAUCCCAGGGUCAAUUAUCAUUGCCUGUCAGGAGGCCCAAAAGGGCGGCCUCCUGGCCUCUUCAAAUUACGGAAGUCUACUCGCCUCGAUGUCGGGCUACGAAAAAUCACCCGCCUAUCCCUAUGGCUACGGCAUUGCCACACGACCUGAUCAGGCACCUGGCUAUUCUGCAUACAACCAAUCAUCAUAUGGCCUCUCCUACUCAAAUUCACACGCGCAAGUCCCAUCUGGCCUCCCUGAUGCUGCUCAGAUCCCCCUUCUCACAGAAGACUCCUACCAAUCCCAUGACUCGCCUUAUGUCCAACACAAUGCACCUGCCUAUCCUCCUUACAUGGCUGCUGGAGCCCGUACCUUGCCUGACAUCGUAUCCAUUACGCCACAGAGAGGUCCUGCAGGAGGUCGAUUCAUCAUCUACAUGAACGCCUCCGAGGAUCUAGAAAACAACGGAGUCUCUUUCGUCGUUAGUUUCGGUACCAAGCGCUGCGAGAGUCGUCUUACCACCUUACCCGGUUCAGGUCAACAACCUAACUUUGCCGUUCUCGUUGACGUGCCCGCAUUUGAGGCGACCGGAGCAUCGAGUACUGCAGUCACCAUCUAUCUCGAGAUGGUCGAUGGUAACAAGCAAGCCUUGCACGUUCCUGUCGAGGUCGGUCAGUACACAUACACGGACGCGACGCCCUACGCCGUCUCGAGUCCUUCCCAGGGCAACACGCGCAAGAGAAAGAUGUCAGAAGACGCCCAGUCACCUAACAAGCGUCCUUCGUCGCAAAAUCUUCGCGAUUCCCCUCUCCACAACCCUGCCGAAGUCAAGUACUCGCCGCCUUCGUCAAACCUGAUCGACCCAUAUUCCUCGCGUCCUCAGACGGCGUCCAGUGCAAUCUCAUAUGCUCGUACCUUCAACGCUCCUGCGCCUGCUCAAUACUCGCAGACCCUGCAACAAGCGCCAACGUACAGAUUGGCUCCCACUCCUAUCGGCAUGCCCCAACCGCAGCCUUUCAACUCGUACCCUUCGACCUAUAUGAACAGCGACCGAGCAGCACCUAAUGCACAAGUCACCAACGUCUCUUCCACUGGCGCAAACCCUCCUUUGAUUCGCACCACUGCUUUGCAGCCGUCGCCUACUAGCAUGUCUCCAAGUCAACCUUUCAACCCCUAUGCUAUGUAUCCUUCAAACAUCAAAGCUAUUCUCAAGCUGGAGGGUGAUCUGAAUGGCAUGGCCAACGACUGGAAUGCGGAUGAGGUUUCUGCCAGGCGUCGUAUUGUGCGCUUCCGUCGCAGUCAGAACGGUAGUAUCAUCUCUGCUUCCUUCCAGCCCGUCACACCUGAAGAGCAUGCUCAAGCUCCAGGCUGCAUUUAUGUCAACUGCAUCUGGUGGGAAGAGGAGAACGGCUGCUACAUCACGAGUGUUGAUACAAUUCAGCUCUUAGAGUCACUGGUCGCAGUUCGCUUCACCGUUGAGGAAAAGAACCGCAUUCGUCGCAACCUUGAAGGAUUCAGACCUCAAACUGUCUCCAAGACAAAGACCAAGUGCGAGGAGUUCUUCAAGAUCAUCAUGGGUUUCCCAAGUCCCAAGCCUCGCAACAUCGAGAAGGACGUCAAGGUCUUCCCAUGGAGAAUUCUUGCAGGCGCCCUGAAGAAGAUCAUUGGUAAAUAUUCUGCAAGCUACUCUUCGACGGCUGGCGCUCUACCUUCGCCAAGCUCUGUUGCACCGCCUAGACACCAGCUGCACAGCUCAUCACCUCCUUCAGUCACAAGCAACACUUCCAUGACCUUCCCUACCAGCAUGACUGCGACAAGCAUGCCCAUGCAUCAGUCAAAUGUAUCAGCAGGUAUGGCCGGCAUGUCAGCUGGACUCGGCGAUUCACGCCUUAUGAUGCAGCAACAGCAGCCACAUGCGCAGCAACAACAGCACCAUCACCAGCAGCAACAACAACAACAACAACAGCACUCGCAGCAUCAAUAUCAUCCUCAACAUCAAUACCAGCACCCUGGUCAACAGCCAUCUCUACAGCAAACCCAUGCUCAACAGGGACCUGGUGUGAGUUGGCAUCAGCCGUCAAGCAACUACACGACUGAGCCAAUCGUGCCAAAUCGUACCAACAGUAUCGACUUCGCCACUCUGUGGGAAACCACAAAUCCGCAAGCACCUCAGGGCCACCAACAGCAGCGUAUUCCGUCCAUCAGCCAGUCGUUGCCUCAUCUGUGGCCACAGCAAGACUGGAAAGAUUACCGCACAACACAAGCCUAG